CAACAGGAGGGACGUUUAGCUGAGAUAAACCGCAAUGUUCUCAACUCUGGGGUUUUGAAUCAACCCGUAAGAAGUACAGUGUCAAAGCAACGGCCACACAUCUGCCGGCUGAGAGGAAGCAGAUGAGAAACAGAGCAGCAGAGGCAUGCCCUUGGCGGAGGCUCAGUGGUGUCCUGACAGACGAUUCCUCUUGGGACACAUUUGAUGGCAGAGGCACUCAAGGAAGAUCAAGGGACAUUGGUGGACCUCAGAGGGGAGAGGAUCAUUCACUGGUGUCCUCUGUAGUAGACACAUGGCCGUCGUUCCUCAGCUUGACUUUUCAUGAGAGAAUAUGGGAACCAGGAAAUUCAAGAGAUGCAGAGCCCACGACUCGUCAGGGACACACUGGAUAGAAUGGAGUCAAGUCUCAACUCAGGGAAUGAGUUCAAGAGUUAGCACAGCUUAAUGGGUAUGAACUCUGCCCCGGAACAAGAUAGCGCUGAAUUCAAAUCUGGACUCUGAUAAUUAACAGUGUUGGAAUGGCAGGCCAGGGAGGCUAAACAUUUUGAACUAAAUAAAAUCCUCAUUGCCAGUUUACAGCUGAACCGUCUGAGUCACGUGGUUCCUUUACACCUUGCUGCGGCUGGAGUCCUGGAGAACGAGGCUUGUUCCAGCUAGGAUUUCUCGGCUUGAAAGGGAUGAAAUCCCACAGAAGUUGUGAAAAAAGAAUCGUGGUUGACUGUAAAUAAGUCACAGGCGGUGUGGAUUUCAAGUCCGACUGGAUCCGGGAGCUUAAAUGAUGCAUCACAGCUUAAACUCAGUGUCUCCACUGCUUCAGUUCCAUUUCCUCUAGGUUAGGGUUGUUCAUCCUCGGGCAGUCUUGGGUCAAGGUGCCUCACAGAUGCUGUGGGUAUGAGUCCUUUCUUCUCUAUAACACCACUGACUCUGAUUCGUCCAACACGGACACGUACCUAAUCCAGACUUGAACUUGUAGCCAGACCGAUGGAUUGUGCCGUUUGGGUUCUUAGCUUAAAAUUUCAGACUCAGGAGGCAGAGGACCUCUCUGAACCAAAUGGUGGGCAGGGCGUUAACGGGGAGUCUGGAUCUCUACAUGAGAGAUAGAGGGAAGACGCUGUGGGGGACAGUAAACAAGGCUCACCGUUGUGGCCUUCAGAGUGAUUGUGAAUAAGUCUGCGGAUGCUGCACUAACUGUUGGUAUUGUGGGCACAGAAUGGUCCAGCAGAUGGAGGGAAGAUGGAUUUGUCUGCCUUGCUCAUCACAGUCCUCCAGAGUCCAGCCUUCCAGGAGUUGGCGGCAGGCAAAGCAGCUUCGUGAUAUUUUGCACCCCGCCAAACCAUCUGAGCCGUGAGUUACAGUAUGUUCCUAUCCAGAUUUCUUCCCUUUCAUUUAAUGAAAUUAACUUAGAAAGGAAUGUUCUAACUCUAUGACACAAGGAAUGCCAGCAUUGAUUGCCAUAAAUAAAAACGAGCGCACUUACGAGCCGUGUAGAACAUCACUAAAACCCAGCUGGACUCCAGUCCUGCCCAGCGUCCAACCACGGCCCGCUCUCCCUGGGCAUGGAGAGCGUAGUGCUGGCUGGAAAGUCAUUGAAGAUAUGGUGGUGUCCAGGUCACCGUAAUGUGCCGCCUCCUCUGAGGGCCAGCUGCCUUGGCUCUGCCCUCUCUGUUGUACAAUGUCUUCUGCUCUUAACCCUGUGUCUCCACCUUUAACCUUUCUUAUCUCAGCUGGAGUGAAGACCCAGGGCACACAUUGAUCCAGGCACUGCAUUGGAUUGGCCCCACCCAUGGAUGCCAGGGAAGAUGACUGGCCUGUCAGGGCCCACAGCUACAGAUGGAUAGUUUAACUUCAGGGGAAGAAACAAUAACAGAUACGUCCUUUGACCUGCUGAAACCCUAACCCCCAAGAUGACUGUGUUAGGAGGUGGAGCCUUGGAGGUGACUGGGUCAUGAAGGGAGAGCCUUCAGGAAUAGGGCUGGUGACCUGAUAAAUAAGACCACAGGGAGCACCUGUGCCUCCCACCACAAACCACCACUGAAGCAGAACCAUCCACGAGCAGGAAAGAGAACCCAUGGUAGAGGGCAUGCUGGGACUUCUAAGGUCUCAGAAUUGGGAGCGGUGCAUUUCUGGUUUUUAUGUACCCUCAGUUGAAGGGAAUUGGGACAGAAAACAAUCCAAACCAACUGACCACCCCUGCUGGCAUCCUUGAAGGCAGGGACUUCAGUCACCCUACUUAUGCCAUGCCAAUAGCUGGCAUUGGCUGUGAGGCCUCAGUUUCCCUUUAAUGAGAAUUCCCCCUUGGGACCUCUCUGCUUGGCUAUUUUGGGCUUCUCCCUGGCAUGGUGGCAAUGGUGGUUGUGUUCAGCAGGCAAAUGUCCUGAGAGACUGAGCCAGUUUGUGAAAAUUAUACCUAUUCAUGGCUUGCCUUGGGAGCAACCUGGUCACUUCUGAGGACUCUACUUUUUAGAAUGCCAGUCGUUAGGAAAGUGGCGGGUGGAAGGGCAGGAAUGACCUUGCAAUCCACCUUUUAAAGGUUUGCAGACCUAUUAAACCACCAGAGUGCCCUGAGAAGUAAACCACCUGUGAACAGUUGAGGAAUGAGUGUGUCUCUAGGUAGAAGCACCUGCCCCUCCUCACUGAAUGGGUGGCGGUAGAAAUGCAACUCCCUGGGAUGCUUCCUCAGGCUCAAUGGAAUCUUCUUAACUUUGCUCUGGUCCCACUGCCCCACCUGCCAUCGGAACUUUCAGCCACCAGGGAGCUGGCUGAGCCACCUAUGAAUCAGAAGUGUAAAGUACACUCAAAGCCUUGGCCAGUAGGCCUCAGCAAGGGUAAGCCACUGGCGAACAGGUCUUUCCCACAGACUGAUUUCAAACAAACAAGAAGCCUGUGCCCCUUCUCUGCAGCUCUUUCAUGCUCUUGGAACUCUUGGUGUGGGCUAGGGUGUUGCACGUGUGAAUCUGAGUGUAAGUGACCAGGGUGUGCAGGGGCAGAGGGUGGCCUUCGUGCAGCUGUUCGGGGGGCCCACCCUACUCCACCCACGGGGAGCGAGGCGUCACCGCCUCUCGAUGGCUCUGGGUGCGCCUGAGGCAAAUGCGCCUCUGGUCUGCUCCCCCUCUGCGCUUGGAAAACGACCCCCGUGCGCCCCGGGUUCAAAGGCCCGACGCGGCAGCUCCAGCCCCUCUAAGGGGCGGGGAGGCGAAGGGGGUGGUGCGGGAGCCAGAAAAACCCGAGCCACAGCCGGCCAGCCCUGCGCAGGGAUGGGCAGCGCGCUCUGAAAGUUCGUGACCGCCGCAGUCAACUAACUCUUUGCCGGGACGCGCAGCAGAGGCAGGACUCGAAAGCUGUGCCCGAUCCCAGUGCCCUUUCGAGAUCACAAGCGGCCACCCUCCAGGCCUGGUGCUUCCGCGCCUGAACAGGGUUCAUGGAGCCGGGGCUGUGGCUCCUUCUCGGGCUCACAGUGACCUCCGCUGCAGGAUUUGUGCCUUGCCCUCAGCCUGGGGGCUCUGGCAGAACCAGCGUGUCCCAGGGCCCCCCUGAAGCUGGCUCAGAGUGGGACUGUGAAGAGACUGUGGCCCUAACAGCUGCACAGCCUGCAAGUCCUGGAAGUGCUGGUCCAGACCGGGGACCGGGCAGGUCUGGGGAGCAGGAGGCUCAGGGGGUCCCUGCACAUCACCGACCCCGGAGGUGCACAUGCUUCACAUAUAAGGACAAGGAGUGUGUCUACUACUGCCACCUGGACAUCAUCUGGAUCAACACCCCUGAACAGACUGUGCCCUAUGGACUGUCCAACUACAGAGGAAGCCUUCGAGGAAAGAGAUCCUCUGGGCCAUUUCCAAACAGCUCCCAGCCUUCUUCACGGACACGCUUGCGCUGUGCUUGUAUGGAAAGAGAUGACAAGGCCUGUGCACUCUUCUGUGCACACACUGCAGAUAUCAACAGUGAUUCCUGGAGACCAGGAAAAUCAGCUGCAGAAGAGAAGGAGGAGACCAGAGGCACACGUCAGAGGUUGAAGUCAAGGACAGAUGAAGGCCGCCAGCCGUAGCAGUCUGCUACCUAUGCUUCUUGCUUCCUGCAGCGAACUUCACCCUCGCUCUCCCUGCCUGCCAACUGCCUUCCAGGAAAGAGCCAUUGUGCUUACUUACACAGUUCAAAUUUCCUCUUUAGGGACAAGGAGGGAAUGGGCCUGAAGGGGGGUUGGAAGAAAGACCCACCCAAAGAGCCCCCACUUUCCAGUACACCCCUACCCCAAGAAUGCCCAAGUCCAAAAGACCCCAGCUUCCCUAAUGGGAAAAAUGAUCCCAGAUGUGCCCCGGGGGCCAGAUGCCUGCAGCUCCGGUUUCACGGGGAAUUGUUUGGGAGGUAUGUUAAGUCUGAAAGCUACUUACUGGCAUUUAACAUGACUCCUCUUGGAGAGUAAGUGGACACCAGGCUGACUCUUUACAAAAGUAAACACACGACCAUCUCCUAGAAGAUGCAGGACACCCAUGUGGCCGGAGCAGCCCUGCUCUGCAGCCUGCCAGGCCUGCCCAAGUUAGAGGGUGCAAGGCCUCUGUCUACUCGAGACCUGAGUCCUAGCCGUGCCAUAGUCUGUAAACUUGCAGUUUGUGGAAUUUAGAAACGUCUGGCUGUGCUUGGUCCUCUCCAAAAGAGUGAAUCUCAAAAGUAGGAAGGAAAGGAGGACAAGUGACCUCAACAUUUGUGAGACAAACAAGAGAAAACACAUUCCUGAUGGUUGUGAACUCUGGGGCACACAGCAAAGAGCUGUUCUGCGGGAUGGCCUCUGUGUCAGAGCUCCCAAGCCGGCCUUGCAGGGAGCUGCCCUGAGGAGAGUCCAGCUCAAGGCUAUUAGGCUAAAUAUCUGCUUUCAUGAAUAAAUGUGGAUCUUUAGGGAGUGACUUCAAAAUAAGCUGGAAACACAAACUCUUUGUACAUUAUGUAAAUUCCUGUUUACCUAUAUAAUUGGCAACAACUGGGAAUUGUAACUCCUGAUGGUUCAAAAUCUUUUAGUUGAACUCUCUCUGCUGUGUUCAUGAAGAGAGUGUGUGCUGGAGAGUGGAUCCUGAGUUGCCAUGUAAACUCUGCUAUGCGGGCCCAGCUGGGGACAGUCUGCCCACCUCCCCACCAGACUUCCCAACAAUGAGGACCUGUCUUUGGGCAUGUGCCAAGGGCACCAUGCGGAGACACUUUAGCUGGUGUGUGAACUGGGGCCUUAACCAGAUGUUGAACUUGGGAGGAUCGCCUCCUAAGUUAUUCCAGGUGUGACUGCCCAUCUGUUGGGGAGGGGAGGGGAGGUGAGUGAUGGUUUUUGGGGGUGUGUACAGUUUGAGAAGUAAUUAUUUAUUGGGGAACUAUUUUCUACUUAACUCCUUUAUGGGAUCUCUUAAAAGUAAAGGCACUGUAGAUAGGUAGCUAGACAGACAGAUAGAUUUUUAAAUUGUUUUCAGGAUCCAAACUCAUACUCCUUAGAGCUCUAGCUAGCAUGUUUAAAUCACAUAAGCACUGUUUGGCCCAGUGGCCAGAUUGUAUCUCAAAGACAAAUCUACUCUUUGUGACAGCACUCAGAAGAUACGUCAAAUCCAUAAUAAUAAAAAAGAAUCUAGACAUUC